AUGGCCACCUUUGACGACAAAACCGUCCGUGAGGCUCACGCCGAAGAUGUCGAGUCAGGCCGCCUGUCCAAAGACAUGACGCAGCAGAGAGCGUCCCUGAAGCACGCCGACCGAGCGCUUGCUAUUGUGGGAGACCAACGAGUGGAGCUGACCGAUGAAGAUAACAAACGCAUCCGGCGCAAGACCGACAAAGUCAUCCUUGUCAUCCUCGUCUGGGUCUACUUUCUCCAGAUUCUCGACAAGUCUGUUCUUGGUUACGGCGCUCUCUUCGGCCUCACCCAGGACACCCACCUCACCGGCGACCAAUAUUCCUUUCUGGGAUCUAUUGCCCCCAUUGCCCAACUGGCUUGGCAGCCGUUCUCGUCCUUUCUGAUUGUCCGAGUUCCCCACCGCAUUCUCAUGCCGGCGCUGUGCCUCGGAUGGGGUAUUGCGCAAGCGUCGAUGGCCGCUUGCCAUGACUACAGCUCGCUCCUGGCGGCUCGUUUCUUCCUUGGACUGUUUGAAGCCGGCUGUUUGCCACUCUUCAGCGUCAUCACGAGCCAGUGGUAUCGUCGAGCCGAGCAGCCACUCCGUGUUGCGGCGUGGUACGGCACCAACGGAAUCGCGACAAUUGCUGCCUCCGCACUCUCCUACGGACUAGGCCAUAUUCCUUCAAAUGUUCUGGCAGAGUGGCAGAUCAUUUUCCUUUUUGUCGGCCUUGUCACGAUUGUCACGGCCCCGAUCGUUUGGUAUUUCCUCGACAACGACAUUCCUUCGGCACGGUUUCUGACAGAACCCGAAAAGGCUCAGGCCAUUGAACGGCUUCGCGCAAACCAGACCGGCACGGGCAAUCGCGAGUACAAAUGGGACCACAUUAUCGAACUGGCCCUGGAGCCCAAGACAUAUCUCUGGAUUGGGCUUGCUCUCCUGCUCAACGUGGGCGCCUCGGUCACCAACACUUUCGGCCCACUCAUCCUCCAAGGUGUGGGCUUCGACAAAUACAAGACCUCACUGCUCAACAUGCCGUUUGGCGCGAUGCAGUUCAUUGUCAUUUUGCUCGCUUCGUACGCUGCCCAAAAGGCCAAGCUCAAGUCUUUUGUCCUCGCAGGGCUCAUGCUGCCCGUCAUUGCUGGUCUGGUCGUCCUCUACGUCCUUCCGCGUAACUCGGGUUCCACUGCCGGGCUCUUGGUGGCGUAUUAUCUCCUGGCUUUCCUGUUUGGCGGCAACCCGCUCAUCGUCUCAUGGAUUGUUGGCAACACCGCCGGCAGCACCAAGAAAUCCGUCAUCAUGUCCCUGUACAACGCUGGUUCGAGCGCCGGCAACAUCAUCGGCCCGCUCCUCUUCAACAAGAAAGACGCCCCGGCCUAUCACCCCGGCCUGCGCAAGGUUCUGGCCAUCUUCGUCACGAUGGUGGCGGUGAUCUUCAUCCAGUUGGGCACCCUGAUCUUCCUGAACAAGCUGCAGUCCCGGAAGCGGGUCAAGAACGGCAAGGCAGCCAAGAUCAAGGACCAUUCCAUGGAGGACCGGUACGUUGCCAUGGACGAGAGUGAGAUUGGACAGAGGCUGGGUGAGAAUGCCUUUUUGGAUCUCACGGACCGCAAGAACGAUGAGUUUACGUAUAUUUAUUGA